CGCACUGCCGAAUGCUGACAUCCAGUAUAAGUAUUAUCUUCACGCCCUGAAGGAAAAAUUUCUGAAUUUUAUUUUGCGAGGCAAUUGUUACGAAAUGAUACGCCGCUUGAGUUUCACGACACUCACGGCCCCAUUCGUUCCCUAGUUGCGCCCGAUGCCGCACCCGCAAUGAAAGACCCUAGAGGCGCCGUGCAUAUUGUGGAAGUAGGACCGCGGGACGGCCUACAAAAUAUCAAAGACCAUGUGCCAACGUCAGUGAAAAUCGAGUUGAUUCGAAGACUCCGCGGAACGGGUCUGCGGACCAUCGAGUUGACGUCGGUAGUCUCUCCUCGAGCGGUUCCACAGUUAUCAGAUUGUCGAGAUGUGCUGCGCAUGGAAGAUAUCAAGUCGCUGCAAAAGGAACCUAAUAUCCGUCUUCCAGUAUUAGUCCCUAAUAUGAAGGGUCUGGAUAUAGCACUCGAAUACGACAUAAGGGAGGUUGCGGUCUUUAUCAGCGCCACAGAAGGGUUUAGUAAGGCCAACAUCAACUGCACCGUGGAGGAGGGCUUAGAAAGAGCGAGGAAUAUUGCAGAGAAGGCUACCAGCUGUGGGCUGGCUGUCAGGGGAUAUGUGUCAUGUAUUUUCUCCGACCCCUUUGACGGCCCAACGGCGCCACCCGCGGUGCUUCACUGCGUGAGGGAGCUGCUCGAGAUGGGAUGCUACGAGGUUAGCCUUGGAGAUACACUGGGUGUCGGCUGCCCUGAUAAAGUAAGAAGUCUUUUGACGUAUCUGGAGGAACAUGGCAUCUCUCUCGAUCUGUUGGCGGGCCAUUUCCACGAUACCUACGGUCAAGGGGUAGCCAACACUUGGGAAGCAUAUAACUGUGGGCUUCGUGUGUUUGAUAGCAGUAUCAGUGGCCUGGGGGGUUGCCCUUAUGCACCAGGCGCCAAGGGGAAUGUUGCCACAGAAGACCUAGUUUAUAUGUUUCACAAUGCGGGUAUUGACACUGGCCUUGAUAUGCUGAAGUUGGUCGAAACUGGCUUGUGGAUAUCCUCAAGACUGUCAAGGGAGAAUGCAAGUCGGGCUGGAAUAGCGCUCGCGAAUACACAUGGACUGGUGUCGCCACCGCGCCAUACCGAACACACACCGACCAAGGCAGUAACUUCUUGGGCCCCAGUGGACACCAAGGGCAGGGUACUGACAUAUCGCUCGGGCGGCAACUUUAAGAUUGUACUCAAUCGACCAAAAAGGGGCAACACGUUGACGCAAAAGAUGGUCGCGGACCUUAUUGCUAUCAUCGCAAGUUGCAACAAGGACCCUUCCCUCCUGAAUAUUAUCAUCACCGCAACCGGAGGAUACUUCUGCAUGGGAGUUGAAAGUGGAAAGAGUAUGCCAUUCAUUGCUCAGGGCGCUUCAAGAAAUCCCCGGGCAAAUUAUCUUGCGGCCUUACUGGAAUUGAUGAAGCAUUCACCUAAAACGACAGUCGCAUGCGUAAAUGGUCACGCUUUCGGUGGCGGUGUCGAUUUAGCGCUGGCUUGUGAUGUCAGGAUUAGCCUCAGGGCAGCGACCUUGACAUUUACUGAAGCGACAAUUAAACAAGCUAGGAAUGCUAGUUCGAAGUGGAAGAGCGCUUUUGUACGCAACGCAGUUUUCUCCACUCAUUCCACUACGGCGGAAAAGCUGAACUCAGUAGGUGUUCUAUCUGAAAUUAUGGAAGACCAGGGACAACUACGGGACGGCCUCGAUGAGUUACUUCUGCGCUUGAACAACUCCAGACCUGCUAAACCACGGGCGUCCAGGGAGUUUUCAGGGUCGUUAAGGGCAAGUACAGGGUGGGAUACACAAGUUGACACUCUUGAUGAGACUCUCUUCAAAACGAUAGAGCUUGAUAUUGGUCAAGGGGACUUAAAAGCAUCCUACAGCGGACGUAGAGAUGAUCUGAAACGAGCGUUGAAGAGCGUUUGGGGCCAAGGUCGUCGACGGAGAGAGGGAACGGGCAUUUGAGGGUUUGAUCGCUGUGGUGUAUGGUGUGGACUUGUCUGAUAAACCAUUAGAAAAUGAUCUAGAAGCAUGAAUGUGGCCUGCUACCUGCAGAAUAGCAAUUGAAGAAGAUGUGCUAUACAAAGAAGUCAUAUGAAAUGAUUGUGAAUACCAAGCUAAUGCUGUUAGUG